AUGUUACCCAGUAAUCUAGCUGGAAGCUAUCGCCGCUACAAGGAAGACACCAAUGUAUUUGCGACAUGGUUGUUGAAUACUGCAGAGACUUGUGGAUACAAUCCGGGAUAUGUUGACGAAACUCCCAAGCCGCAGUUAGCGCAACCAAGCACUAGACUCAAGGGGAAGGCAAGAAAAGAAGCAAAGAAAGCUGCAACCAAUUCUGCACCAAUUGUACAAACUAAGCUGAGGUAUAUCUCGACGAAAGAGAUAUUGCUGCAGGCAGAAAUUAUUGCAAAACACAAGCGGCCGCCCGUGGAAAUGCCAAAGAAUAUUCGUAACACCUUGGAGCGUGCGAUAAGGGCACGAACACGCUGUGCCAGUUGGUUUCGUAAUAUCGAGACGGACCAGCACACCGAUAAAUCCAACCGCACACAUGCGUAUUUUAUCUCAAUACUUGAGAAGGCGCUUGAUACACUCGAGCCUUGUACUAGAAAAGAAAAAGAUGCUGGCUCUAGUUCUGAUUCUCAAAUACGAGGCAGCAAUGCAGCUCAUAGCACAAACACCUAUGGCAUGCUGGAGGUUGAAGAUGUUGGUGCGGAAACCCCCGAUAUCACGGUUGAUGACAUCAUCACUGCAUCUAAGCCUAACGCACAGAGACAUCUGAACAUAUGUGAGAUGGAAAUCGAGGAUAAGAUAGACUUAGAAUUUGUCGUCUUUUGUUUCUUCGAAGAUUUACAGCGCAUACAGGAGUUCUUGAAAGAGACAUGGAAAUUAGUUAUGAAGGAAGAGCUGGACGCCAUAACCGCUUCUCUCGUGUCUAACCUGGCUUUCAGUCUUGCUCGUCAGAUUGAAGAUGAGCUUACCACAAGCCACCCAGAAUUCUUCGGUGUUAUUCCAUCUUAUGUUAAGAUUGCGGGAAUUCUACAUGAAGUCAACUUCGCCAAAGACAAGCUGGAUCAACAAGAUAACAAGUCGAAGAGAUCUACUUCCGACGAGUUUGUGUACCUACUCCAUCUUUCGUAUUCUAUCCAACACUCUUUUAUCUGCAAAUACUUGGUCUACGAACAAACGGGUCGGCAUAUCAUGCCAGCCACAGCCUCCGCCAUUGAUGACUGGGAGAAUGAGGACCAAUUGCUUUCUCAGAUUUUACUCGAUGUCACGAACAAGACAUUUUUGAAGUAUCAUCAUGAGAUACACUUCAGCGAAGAAGUAAAAGAGCAGAGACGUAUCGCUGAACGAAUCAUCUCAUCACCAUUUGAAGAUGAGUUAACGAAAGGUCUGAUGUCCACCAAUAAACCGGCAAUAUUAGAGUCUCUAUCGUAUUUGGAGCUAGAGCUCUUAUGGAUAUUUCGAAGAUUCUGGGCGAUGGCGCUGAGAACUGAAUGGAGAUUGGAUCACACCGGAAAUAACGCAACGAGCAAUCAUCUUUCUCAGUUGAUUCAACAAACUGUCAAGGAAAACGCCUUCGUUGUCAUAAAACAUAGGCACUUGCGAGACACGGCCGAACAACAUUCCAGAGCAUCACCCUCUCUUUAG